GGGGGUUUCUUUUCCAGCAUCUUUUCCAGCUUAUUUGGAACUCGAGAGAUGAGAAUUUUGAUUCUGGGUCUUGAUGGAGCUGGAAAGACCACAAUACUUUACAGGUUACAAGUGGGAGAAGUUGUCACUACCAUUCCAACAAUUGGGUUCAAUGUUGAGACAGUAACUUACAAGAACCUAAAAUUUCAAGUAUGGGACUUGGGAGGACAAACAAGUAUCAGGCCUUACUGGCGUUGCUACUACUCCAAUACAGAUGCUGUCAUUUAUGUGGUGGACAGCUGUGACAGAGACAGGAUUGGUAUCUCCAAGUCUGAACUGGUUGCUAUGUUGGAGGAGGAGGAGUUGAAAAAAGCUAUCUUAGUGGUGUUUUGCGAACAAGCAAGACAUGGAACAAGCAAUGACCCCCACAGAAGUGGCUAACUCCCUGGGAUUACCAGCUUUAAAAGACCGCAAGUGGCAAAUUUUUAAGACAUCAGCUACAAAGGGAACAGGCCUUGAUGAAGCUAUGGAAUGGUUGGUGGAGUCUCUGAAGAGCAGGCAGUGA